AGCACCGCAGCAGUAACCAUACUAAUAUGGCAUCUCCUCCACUUCCAUCUCUUCUCAAACCGAAUCAAAUGACCUCCAGUGGAAAACCCAUUACCAGAACUGUAAGAAUUCCUGCCGAUGUCAUCUUAACCCAGAAAAAAACCCGCCAAAACAUCCAAGAAACCCAACAACUACAUGCCCAAUUGAUUGUUUCUGGCCGUCUCAAUCGCCACCCAACCGCCACCAAAAAGCUGAUCGAGUCCUAUGCUCUGAUACCCCAUAUCCCAUAUGCCUACUCUGUUUUCAAAUCCAUUAAUUCACCAAAUAUCUUUAUGUACAACACCAUGAUCAGAUACUUUAUACUGGGUAACCAUCCAUUUCGUUCAGUUUUUCUCUAUCAAGGAAUGUUAUCAGAUGGCUUAGUCCCUGAUAAUCAUACUUAUACGUUUGUUCUCAAGGCCUGUUCUAAGACUAGUUCACUCUUUGAAGGUAAACAAGUGCAUUGUCAGAUAAUCAAGACUGGACUGAAACCGUCACUUACAACUACUCACAUUCACAGUUCUCUGAUUCACAUGUAUGCAAAUGCAAAUGAUCUGUGUUCAGCAGAGUGUGUUCUGCUGGAAUUCUCUGAGUAUGAUAGAAACGAGAAUACACUUGUUAUGAAUUCGAUGCUAACAGGCUACAUGAGAAAUGGUUGGGUGGAGAAUGCCAGACAGUUGUUUGAGAGAAUGUCUGUGAAGGAUGAUGCUUCUUGGAGUGUGAUGAUAUCUGGGUUUGUUCAAAAUAGUAUGAAUGUGGAGGCAUUGGGCAUCUUUCAGGAGAUGAUUGUAUCCGGUACACCACUACCGAAUGAAUCGGCACUGGUUAGCUCGCUAUCUGCCUGCGCGCAGUUGGGGGCAUUGAACCAAGGGAGAUGGAUACACGCGUAUGUCAAACGGUCUAGAAUUAAGCUUAGUGUCAGGUUGUGUACUGCUCUGGUUGACAUGUAUGCCAAGUGUGGCAGCAUUGAUAUUGGAUACCAAGUCUUCGAGAAGAUGCCCAGAAGAGAUGUUGUCGCAUGGGGAGUCAUGAUUUCAGGUUUUGCCAUGCAUGUGAGAGCUAACGAAUGUUUCAAGCUUUUUGACGAGAUGGUUUCUGAAGGUUUAUAUCCUAAUGCAAUCAUCUUUGUUUCCAUAUUGUCAGCUUGCUCCCAUGCUGGAUGUGUGGAAGCAGGGUGCUACUAUUUUGAUAGACUGUCACGUGAAUUUGGGAUCAAACCUUCGAUUGAGCAUUACGGAUGCAUGGUAGAUCUGCUAGGGCGAGCUGGGCAGUUGGCAGAAGCUGAAGAAUUGAUUGUAUCGAUGCCGGAGAAGCCGAAUGCAAUUAUAUGGGGUGCAUUGCUGGGUGCUUGCAGAACCCAUAAGGACUUGAGGAGAGGGGAACGUGUGUUCAGGCAAUUGAUUGAGCUGGAACCAAGGUCUGGUGACCGGUAUAAGCUGGCUGGACACAUGUUCACUGCCACUGGAGAGGAGGAGGAUGCAAUGAAGGUCAGGAAGUUGAUCAAGGGGAAAGAACUGCAAACCACACGAGGGUGUAGUUACAUUGAAAUAGAUGGGAUAGUGCAUGAGUUUAUGGCGGGUGACAUCAAUCACUGUGAGGCUAGACAGAUAUAUUUGAUGUUGGAGGAGUUGAAAAACAGAAUUGAGAAGGUUGGUUUUGUUGUAAGUGGGGAGGGAGUGGUGGAUUUGGAGGAGGAGAAAGAGGAGGCACAUUGAGAUUGAGAAGACUCAGUGAGAGGAUGGCCAUAGCUUAUGGUCUCCUAAGAAGAAGCCAAAUACUCCCCGAUAAGGGUGAUCAACAACUUGAGGGUAUGUGGGGUUUAUCCAUCAAAUUUAUAUCUGAGGAGUUCAAGGGGGAAAUUGUCCUUUGAGAUAGAAAUGGCUUCCGUGUGUUCACUGGUGGUGAGUGUUCAUGCAAGGAUUAGUGUUGAUGGUAGGUAAUGCUUGUCUGAACAUUUAAUGCCUAAUUGUUGCUUGAAAAAUAGAAAAUAAGUGAGAUAUUCUACAAGAAAGUUUGUUUC